UCCCUCCAAGUCUCCGUACACGCGAAGGAAGUCGUAUCUCCGUUGCUAGGACAACAUCGGUCCGCUUCACCAGAACAAUGUGCUCUCCGAUGUAAAUAUCUGGUUUCAUUAAAUUAAAUAAACCUCCCGGUAACUGAAAACCCUGGUCAUUUAAAUUGGGAAUGCAGAGACGAUGUAAUGGCUGUUCCUGUGUGGGCUCUUUCCCUCCCGCUGCCUGCCAUCAUCAUGAUCUCUGUGGGGCUCUACAUGAUUUUCCUUGCGAUGAUGCUGUGGUUUCAUCACUGUCUCAAGGCCAAGUGUGAUCCUCAGUGUUCAGACUGCUGCGCAGGAUUCUCUCCUUGCGAGUACUGUUUAGUGUGUGCCCAGUCAUGUGACUGCCGUGCACCAUCUCUGCGAUCCUGUCUGGACUAUUCCUGCCCCUCCCCUAAUUGUGCGAUGUGGGACUGUGCCUGUACCUGUCAGCCUCCAGAGUGUGACUCCAUCAACUGCUUCUGCUUUGAGAUCAAGUUUAAGUAGAUGACAAAGAUCCUCCUCAUUUUAAAAGAUGCCUUAGAAGCUCCAACUCCAAGUGACACUUCCGUAUGUCUUAAGCUCGAGAGAAAUCGUGAUUCAGUCUUCGGCUGUUCUGUGAAGUUUGCAUAAUUUCUGAAACAUUACCGCAUCCUUCCUAUUGAUAAUCAUUGAUUUAACUAAAAUGAAGAUUAAGAUAUGCAUCUAUUGGGAAUAUACAGUACAUUGUUUAAUUGAAUCAUUUAUGACAAUUUUUCUUGUGCUUAAUAAAACAGCAUAAAUAUUAUUAAAGCACAAUACAUACUAUUGUAGAAUGAAAUGGUUGUCAGACAUGUUUUGUUCAUAUCAGGAUGAAUGAGAUCAUUCAUACCAGGUUUCCAAACAUCUGUAAUUCCUGAAGUACACAAGCAUUACAGAACAACAGAAGACUGAGGCGAAAGUAAAGGUUUUAUUCUUAUGAAUUUGUAGCAUAUGUCUUUAAGAAGUGCCAAGAACUAUUAAAACAUUACAUUUAGUGGUUUUUUACAUUUUAAGCACAAAAAGUCCUAUUAACUUAUUGCGACUUUUUACAUUUAUGUACUAGCCAUUGUGUUUCUCUUUGGCAUCAUUGUGUUUGAUGGACAUUUGUGCUUAAUACAAAGGGAAGUUAAGAAUUAAUAAACCCUAUGUGCUGUUCAGUAUAUCUCAUUUUGACACAGAUGUCUUUGAAACUAUUUGCUCACCUAUAUUUUUAUGAGAUGACAUAAAGUUCUGACUGACCAAUUUUAUAUGAAAGUUUUGGUUUGAUUUCUUUUGUGAUAUACUAUAAAACAGUAAAAAACUGUAACAAAAGGUAAUUUCUAUUUUUACUGAUCUAGUUGUUUACAGAGCACCAUCUUAUUUGUUACAUAAGAUAUAUGAUCUAACUAUGUGUGUGUGUAUUGUAUUAUGUGAAAUGCGAUACAGUCAUGUAUGUGACCAUAUUUAGAAUGCUUGCUGCAAAUACACUAUGGCUUACAAAGUAAA